AUGGGUAAUAAGCUAGGGAGGAAGAGACAAGUUGUGGAAGAAAGAUACACAAAGCCACAACAGGGUCUAUACAUGAGCACAAGUGUUGACAUUAAAAAGCUUAAGAAACUCAUCUUAGACUCUAAGCUCGCUCCUUGCUAUCCUGGUGAUGAUGAUGAAAGCUCUUCUCAUGAUCUUGAAGAAUGUCCAGUUUGCUUUCUGAGUAAAGAGGAGAAGAGCAUUGAACAAAUUGAAGAGCAGCGAGUUAUUGAAGCCAAAAUAAGGAUAAGGCAGAAGGAAGUUGAAGAAGAAGAAGAAGAAAGAAUGCAGAGACGUAUGGAAUCAUUCUCUUCUUCUAGCACAAGUGCAGUGACUGCUGAUACAGAAUAUGGUUCUGCUGCAGAGGAUGAGGAAAUUGUUACAUCUCAGGACUCAUGUGUUACAUUACAACCCGGGGAUGGUGAAUUGGACUUUUAUCUUGAGGAUGUAAUGGUCAUGGAAGCAAUAUGGCUCUCGAUUCAGGAACCUGGCACUCAGAGAACUACAUCUCCUGAUGAAAAUUCAGAAGAAGAUCAUCAUGUAGAAACAUCAAUGUCGUCUUUAGCAUCAUCAUCUUCUCCAUCCGGUGGGCUAGCUUGUGCAAUCGCGGUUCUUGCUGAACGCCAGCAAAUGGUUGGUGAAUCUUCCUCCAAUCAAAACGUUGACGUUUCAUCAUACGAUUGCCACAACAGCCACUACAAUGCGAGUGAACAAAAUAGGAACCAUUACCUUCAAGGAGCAGGUAUUAGCUACACGAGACCUGAUAUGAGUGAUGAUAGUGGGUAG